CUGUGGCAUCAUCCAUUGGCCACAACCACCACGCCAAACUCCCCAACCCACACAACACGACUUCGCAUCCGCCUGCCGCGGACCUUGCCCGAGCGGUGCUCCAGAUUGCUGAACCAUACAGCCUCUCACCCAUCGCCGUCCCAAACAGCCUGAUAGCUGGUCAGAGAGAAGAAGAAGAGAAAUAUAACAGCAGCAACAGCCCAGAAUGGCGGAAAAUUUCGACAGCGACGACGAUCGGGACGGCCGCUGGGCUCGCAGCGAUCCAGCCCACUUUCUCUGCACCGAGGAUCCAUCGAGCGACGACUCGCGCUUUGACGACAACCAUAUCGACGACGACGACAACUACGUCCAUGACAGCUGGAUCGGCCAGUCUUGGUCGGACCUCGAUCCAAACGAUGGCUGCUAUGCCCCAGACGUCCGCGCAGCGUCGGACCCGAUCCGACUGCUCGAUCCAGAAUCGCCCCCGUCGGACGAGACUCUGCCCCAUGCCGAUCCGCCCGAACAGGCUUCCGCAGCGACUGCCGACGGAUCUCAGGAACGAGCGCAAGAGCAAGCCCUGACAACGCAGACCCGUCCGAUGCUCCUGCGCCUGGGGAAUCCAGAGAAAGCCGGCACGCAGGGCGCCAACCGAGAAAAGAUCAACCAAGCUGUCUACGAGAUCACCAAGGGAUCUGCCUUUUUCGUCCACCAGCAGAAGCGAGACAAGGUCCUCGAGGCCAAGAUUGACAAAAUCAAGAUACAAGCAGCAGAGCUUUCCAAGGCGGAACUCGAGAUCAGCGAGGGUGUUGUCAAGAAGCGACUCGCAAAGCUGGAAGAGUCCAGGGAUCUGAAGCGCUGCGUUGUGCAUGUCGAUAUGGAUGCAUUCUAUGCAAGCGUCGAGGAGCUUGAUAGACCCGAGCUGAAAACAAAGCCGAUGGGAGUCGGGUCAGCCGGCCUCGGGGUCCUCUGCACCGCCAACUAUGAAGCCAGGAAAUACGGCGUCCGGUCCGCCAUGCCAGGCUACAUUGCCUUGAAACUAUGUCCCGAGCUGAUCCUCAUUCGUCCAAACUUUGAAAAGUAUCUGAAAUACGCCAAAAUCGUCCGGGGCGUAUUCGAGGUAUACGAUCCAAAUUACAGGAGUGCCAGCUUGGACGAAGCCUAUCUCGAUAUCACGGACUACUUGGCUGCACACCCGGGCCAAAGUCCACCCGAGGUUGCCCAGGAGCUGCGGGAUCGGAUAUUCAGCUCAACAGGGUUGACAGCGAGCGCAGGCAUCGCUCCAAAUCCCUUCUUGGCCAAGGUCUGCUCAGACAUCAACAAGCCGAAUGGGCAAAAGUUCCUCCUCAACGAUCGCACGACCGUGGUCAAUUUCACAUGGAAUCUACCUAUCCGGAAGAUCCCAGGGAUUGGAUACAUUUCUGAGCAGAUGCUUGGGGCACUUGAUAUCAAGACAAUCAAAGAGUUGCACGACAAACUGCCGUAUGUCCACCGGCUGUUUGGCACCAAGAUGUAUGAGUUCCUGUCGCGCGUAUCCAUCGGGAUAUCGAGGUUCUCGGUGUUCGAUAGAGAUUCGCCUCAGAAGAGUAUUGGCGUUGAAAGAACCUUCACCAAGAUGAGCGACUAUGGCGAAAUGCACAGGAUGGUCAAAGUCUUGGCGCAGAUGCUCGCCGAUGAUCUGAAGGAAAAGGACCUGAAAGGCAAAACUGUGACGCUGAAGCUCAAGACUAGCAACUUCCAAGUCUAUCAGCGGUCCAAGACGCUCACAAAGUCGGUGUGGCUUUCAUCUGAUCUGCAUCAAGUCGGUCGGCAGAUCUUGGAUGACGUCAUCGAGGAGUUCCAGAACAAGCAAGAUCUCAACCUGAGACUUAUGGGAUUGCGGAUCUCUCACGUGGGGCCUGUGCAUGAUGAGCAUGGUAUCGAAAAGUACCUGACGAAGCGCGAGGGCGAGUCCUCGAAAUGCGAUCUGGUCCCUGCAUCCGAGAACCAGAGCUUGGAACAGGUUAUCUGUCCAAUCUGCUCGGAAGAUAUCACCGCAUUGUCUCCCCAGCGCAAAAAUGCCCACGUGGACCAAUGUCUCGGCAACGAGACUCAGCCCCAGCACCAGCCAAGUUCCAAAGAGCGACAUGCAGAGGCGCCUCACAGAGGACGUCCGCCGAAGAAACGGAAAGUUGCCCCGGCCGAGCCAGCGCGCUCGCUCGGAACAGAGCCCAGAUCCAAGAGCCAGAGUAUUGCUCAUAUGAUUCAGCGGCAAGGUGUAUCAGCGAGCCGCCCAACCGAGUCCUCGCACUCCGUGGCCGAGGCAGCUUUGCCACUUUUCGACGGCAGCCAUCCCGAACAAAGUGUCUUCCAGUGUCCGAUAUGCAAUCGGGCGCUCGAGUCCGUCAGCAUCAGCGAUCUGCCUGCCAUCAACAGACAUAUUGACACUUGCAUCGCCUGGCACUGACCAGGACACUCCAUGUACAUACAGCCCACUUUUGUUGGUUCAAAAUGCAUUGAUUCCGCAUCAUGCUAUGCUUUC